AUGGCUUGGUUUAUCAGUCCUUACCUUUUUAUUACCUUUCUAGCAACAGUUUACUCUGUCUUCGCUAGAUCUAUCGUGGCCGAUGCAGAGUUAUGCACUUUCGCUUUCGACAAGGCGACAGGAAAAUCGCAAAGGAUACAAUCGCCCUUUCCUGGCGCAGAUACGAUAUUUCAGUUGCAAUAUAAUGGGAUGUACGCUUAUGAAGUCUCGACGGGUGUCUUCGAAGCUCUAUUCGCGCCAUAUACCUACACCCCAACUCAGCCGCCAAGUCGAACGAAGCAUGGCGAAAUGAAGAGGGAUCUGGAUUUCAGCCAGGCACAACCAGCUUGUGGUCAAUCAAUCAAUGAAAAGAAAUCGGUUUACGCCAAGUUUGGAAAAGUUGCACUCUAUUUGUGUAACUUUGAUAAGACGCCGGUCAGUUGGGCUGACGUGAAGGAGCAAAUGGGAAGGUUGAAUGCCGAGUGUGUUCAUGGACAGUCGGGUAUGACUGGUAUGUUGAGUUUGCAGAGAAAGUGCUUUUCGCCAUGCACAAACAUGGAUGUGGAAACCUUUACUUUUGCCUUUGCGCAGAGAGGUUUGGAGUUGGUUUAUCCUGAACCAUCUGAUACAGCGUAA